AAGGCGGGGUUUUUCGCUUCAUCCUCUUCUCUCUUCUUCUCCUGUAGCUCCAGCAAAUCGAUUCUCCUUCUUCUCCUCCUCCUUCUUGUUCUUGAGAGCGAUACCUAGAAGUGAAGGGCAAAAAUAUACUCUAGGAAGUGAAUGGCAAUGUCGCUAGGAUGUUGUUGGUCGGGUUUUGCGGCAGGUGAGGCAGUUGGGGCCAAGUCCUCAUCGACUCUCCGCAUCGCUACUACUUCUACUCCCACGACUACCCUGCGUAUGGUCCGUCUCGUCACCUGCGCUGCUUCGUCAAAGCCUGCUUCUUCCACGACAGGGAAGCGACAGCCUAGGGGCAUCACUAAGCCCAAACCUAUUUCUCCUGCGAUGCAAGAGUUUCUUGGCGUCCCUGAGAUCCCUCGCACCCAAGCUCUUAAGCAGAUUUGGGCUUAUAUCAAGGAGCACAAUCUUCAGGAUCCAGAGAACAGGAAGAUUAUAGUGUGUGAUGAGAAACUGAAGAACAUAUUUGGAGGAAAGGAGCGUGUUGGGUUUCUCGAGAUCUCUGGGCUGAUCAAUCCUCACUUCAUCAAGUGAAAGACUAUUUGUUUGCCUGGAAAGAAAAAGGUGAAAGUCAACUUCACUGGGGGAACAGAUUCAAGAACAUGAAAACCAUCCACAGAACUUUUUUUUGUACAUGGGAAAUUUGUGUUUAAUUUAUGAAAAACAUGUGUAGUGCAACUUCUUAGGUCUUCGGUAAGUAGAAGAAUCGAGUGUUGGUGCAUUUUGAGCAUUGACAACCCUAAACUUGCAUACAAAAGCUUUUGGUAGUAUGUUGAAUUUUGUUCCUGAUCCUCUUUAGGAAACAAACUUAUGAAAUGCAACAUUUGGUUCUCAUUGCUAA